AUGCAGCCGACGCAGAGGGCGACCGACAGACGGCAGCCCGGGACGCGCGAGGAGACAGGCCGAGGCGCUGCGGGAGCAAAAGUAACGGCGUCAACGGCGACGCAAAGAAACGGCGAGCGUUGCGUGGGCGUUGGAAGUUUGUUCGUUCUGCAGGUUGCGAUGCGAUGCGAUGCGAGAAGGUUGCUGAGUCAGCAUGCAGAUAGGCAGAAGCUGGAAAGUUGCGAGAAGACGAGAAGACGGACGGAGAUACAAGAAAGAGACGACGAAGACGAAGAAGAUAGUAAAAGAAGAAGAGGAGAAGAGAAGAAGAGGAGAAGAGAGAUGAAGAGGGCGGCGAGCAUCACGUCGAAGGAGGCAAAGAAGCCCAAGUCGACGAUCACGGCAUUCUUCGCGUCGUCGCCAGGCUCAGGCACAGCUGCAUCGGCAGCUCCAAGGGCCGCGUUCGACAAGGCCAAAUGGACGAGCAGCCUGACAGCCGAGCAGCGGGAGCUGCUGAAGCUCGAGAUAGACACGCUGGACGAGAGCUGGCUGGCUCAUCUCACGGACGAGCUGCUCUCGCGCGAGUUCCUGGCGCUGAAGCGUUUCCUGCGUGACGAGAAGAAGUCUGGCGCCAACAUCUUCCCCCCCGAGCAGGACAUCUACUCAUGGUCGAGGUACACGCCACUGCACAAGGUCAAGGCGGUCAUCAUAGGCCAGGACCCGUACCACAACCACGGCCAGGCUCACGGCCUCUGCUUCUCCGUACGCCCGCCUACGCCAGCUCCCCCUUCGCUCAAGAACAUCUACCUUGCCCUGAAGAACGACUACCCGGCCUUCGAGGAGCCCGCCAACCGCGGAGGGCUGCUCACCCCCUGGGCCCAGCAAGGGGUGCUCCUGCUCAAUACCUGUCUCACUGUCCGAGCUCACAACGCAAACUCCCAUUCGCAGCGUGGCUGGGAGCGUUUCACCCAGCGGGCCAUCGACCUUGUCGCCCGUGUGCGCACAAAGGGGGUCGUCUUCCUGGCCUGGGGUAGCCCGGCAGGCAAGAGGGUGUCUGGAGUCAACAAGGAGAGACACUGUGUUCUGCAGUCUGUCCAUCCAAGCCCCCUCAGUGCCCACAAGGGAUUUUUGACGUGCGGACAUUUUAAAAAGGCCAAUGACUGGCUGCAGACUCGAUACGGGGACGACGGUAUCAUUGACUGGAGUCUCACCUCGAAGCCCCUCGUCACUGUCACCUCUGUCACCACUGCCACAGAGACAGUCGAGGGGGACGGCAAGACAGAUACAGUAUCAAAGGCAACUGCAGAAGAAAAGUCAGAUACUAUAUCGAAGACUGCUACUGUUACUUCCACUGCCACCGCUACUACAUCUAAAUCUACUGCUACCAAGGUAGAUGACGAUAAUAAUGAUGCUGACAGUGACUAUGGUCAGGACCUCAUCGAGGACGAGACCAAGUAG